UUUUCCAUAACCCUGUAACCCGUGUAUGAGCGAUGCUCACCGUGGGUGCGCACAAAUGAACUUCCCCACUCAGCCUGACGUUUCUCGUCCACUGGUUCCUCCCCGAUGAGCCGCGCGGUGCGUAAAUCCUCUCCCCCUCUUUUGGCACAGCCGGUCCAGUCCGCCAGAGGAGAGCAGUCGUGCUCGCAGUGGAAGAUGGCGGUGGGGAUGCUGUCUGGGGCCGCAGCACAGCGCUGGCUUUGCACAAAAAGCCAACCCGGAUGGAUAUAAAACGCAAAAAAAUGAACAUAUCGCCACCUCGCGUAGUCGCGCCGCGGACUCUUUUGCGCUCGUUUGACUAGAUUCUGCUGCGUUUCUCUGGCAGAAACCCGGUGUCGUUGUAGGUGGAUUCGCGGACUAUUUGUUGAUAGCUCGGCGCACAGACAGGGUGGGAGUGAGAAGGGGACGAAAAUGUCGGAUUCGAAGGUAAAAGUUGCAGUGAGAGUUCGCCCCAUGAACCGAAGAGAAAUCGAGCUGAAAACAAAAUGUGUCGUGGACAUGGAGGACAACCAAACAGUGCUGCACCCUCCGCCCUCCAACGCGAAAGGAGACAACAGGAAACAAUCUAAGGUGUUUGCUUUUGACCACUGUUUCUGGUCCAUGGAUGAGUCCAACGUUCCCAAAUAUGCUGGUCAAGAGGUGGUGUUCAAGUGCCUUGGAGAGGGAAUACUUGAAAAUGCAUUCCAGGGAUAUAAUGCCUGCAUAUUUGCCUAUGGACAAACAGGUUCAGGAAAGUCCUUUUCCAUGAUGGGUAAUGGGGACCAGCCGGGUUUGAUCCCUCGACUCUGCUGCUCGCUGUUCGAGAGGGUCCACAGAGAGGAGAACGAGGGCCAUACUUUUAAGGUGGAGGUGUCCUACAUGGAGAUCUACAAUGAAAAGGUCCGGGACCUUCUAGAUCCCAAAGGGAGCCGACAGUCCCUUAAAGUUCGGGAGCACAAAGUCUUGGGUCCAUACGUGGACGGUCUAUCUCAGCUGGCUGUAACCAACUUUGAGGACAUUGAGGUGUUGAUGUCAGAGGGCAACAAAUCUCGCACAGUCGCAGCCACCAACAUGAACGAGGAGAGCAGUCGAUCACAUGCCGUGUUCAGUAUAAUUGUCACACAAACGCUUUAUGAUCUACAGUCUGGGAAUUCAGGGGAGAAAGUGAGCAAGUUGAGUCUGGUUGACCUGGCAGGAAGUGAGCGAGUGUCUAAGACUGGAGCUGCAGGAGAACGACUCAAAGAGGGCAGCAAUAUUAACAAGUCUCUCACCACGUUAGGCUGUGUGAUUUCUGCUCUCGCUGACCAGUCUGCAGGAAAGGGGAAGGCCAAGUUUGUCCCCUACAGAGACUCCGUCCUCACCUGGCUGCUGAAGGACAACCUUGGCGGCAACAGCAAGACAGCCAUGAUAGCCACCGUGAGUCCAUCGGCCGAUAACUACGAGGAGACCCUUUCCACGCUGCGCUACGCAGACCGAGCCAAGAGAAUCGUCAACCAUGCCGUGGUGAACGAAGAUCCCAACGCUCGGAUCAUCAGAGAGCUCAGGGAAGAGGUUGAGAAGCUCAAAGUUCAACUCUCCCAGGCCGAGUCAUUGAAGGCCCCUGAGCUGAAGGAGAAACUGCACGAGUCUGAGAAGCUCAUUCAGGAGAUGACUGUCACCUGGGAGGAGAAACUAAGGAAGACAGAGGAGAUUGCCACUGAACGCCAGAAGCAGCUCGAGAGCAUGGGCAUCUCUCUGGAGACAUCAGGGAUUAAAGUGGGUGAAGACAAGUGUUUUCUGGUUAAUCUCAAUGCUGAUCCUGCCCUCAAUGAGCUACUGGUCUACUAUCUGAAGGAGCACACGCGUGUGGGCGCCGACACUUCUCAGGACAUCCAGCUCUUUGGGAUCGGUAUCCAGCCGAAGCACUGCGUCCUGGAGCUCUGCCCGGAUGGUGAUGUCACCCUGAUGCCCAUUGGGAAUGCCAGCACGUGUGUGAACGGCUCAAUGAUUGAUUCUUUGGUCCACCUGUGGCAUGGAGAUCGUAUCUUAUGGGGGAACAAUCACUUCUUCAGAAUUAAUCUGCCUGCACGAAAGCGGCGGGACCGUUUAAAGGAGCUGGACAGAGCUUCCCCGAGAGAGAGCUAUGUCGAGGCAGAUGUGGAGACGGCCAGCGAGGCGUCUUCAGAACAGGACUACAGCUACGAGUUUGCUCAGAUGGAGGUCAUCAUGAAGACUCUGGGAAACAACGACCCCAUGCAGGAUGUGGUCCAGGUGCUGGAGAAGCAGUACCUUGAGGAGAAGCGCACGGCUCUGGAGGAGCAGAGGGUGAUGUACGAACGAGAGCUGGAGUCGCUACGGCAACAGCUGACUCCUGAAAAGACGCUGCUACACAAACGCAGCAGCAGCGAGCGCCUGGCCUUCCCGAUGCACGCGGCACACGGCAAGCUGCGACUGUGGACCGAGGAGCGGGAUGAGCUUUUUCGUCGGAGUCUUUCUCGACUCAGGGAGCAGGUUGUGAAAGCCAACACCUUGGUGCGAGAAGCCAACUUUUUGUCGGAGGAGAUGAACAAACAGACGGACUAUCAGGUCACCCUUCAGAUUCCUGCCGCUAACCUCAGCGCUAACCGCAAGCGGGGAGCAAUAGUGAGCGAGCCGGCCAUUCAGGUACGGAGAAAAGGAAAGGGCACCCAGGUGUGGACCAUUGAGAGGCUAGAAAACAAACUGGUGGAUAUGAGAGACCACUACAGGGACUGGAAGGAAGGCACAGAGGAGAUGUACAACAAGGCCAACAGUAAGCACUGUGAUCCAUUCUAUGAGGCGCAGGAGAACCAUAACCUGAUAGGAGUUGCCAACAUUUUUCUGGAGUGCCUUUUCCAUGAUGUCAAACUGCAAUAUGCAGUCCCCAUCAUCAGCCAACAAGGAGAGGUAGCGGGCAGGCUGCACAUUGAGCUGAUGCGAGUCAGUGGAGUCGUACCAGAGCGUCUGUCUGGGGGAGACGACUCGUCAGAGAACUCCAGCGAGAGUAGCUGCUAUGAGGUGAUGGACACCAACGGGGACAUCGUCCACAUAGCCAAGAGGCUUACAUGCAGGGUGCGGAUCAGGGAGGCUACAGGUCUGCCAUUCAACCUGUCCAACUUUGUCUUCUGUCAAUACACCUUCUGGGAGCACGGUGAUCCCACUGUGGCUCCUCCCAUGGUCAGCCCAGAUGUACCUUCCCCUCGAAGCCCAGAUGCACAGUUUACGGUGCAGUUUGAUCACUGCAAGGACUACAUUGUGCAUGUGACGGAUGAGUUUUUGGAGUUUAUAUCAGAUGGAGCAUUGGCCAUCGAAGUGUGGGGUCACCGCUGUGCCGGGAACGGACGGUCGCUCUGGGAGUUGGACGCACUGGAGGCAAAGACCCAGACGCUCCGGGACAGGUGGAGUGAGGUGUCUCGCAGAAUCGAGCUGGUGACCUCCAUCCAAGAGCUGAACGAACAGGGCGAGUACUCAUCGGUGGAGCUGCACCCCGGGAAAGACAUCAGCACAGGAGGUGUCUUCCAACUCAGACAGGGUCACUCCAGGAGGCUGCAGGUUUGUGUGAAGCCGGUCCACAACUCAGGUACUCUGCCUCUGCUGGUGGAGGCUUUGGUGUCCAUCUCUAUUGGCUGUGUGUCUGCACGCUCCACCAAACUACAGAGACCCCUCGAUAGCUACCAGAAAGAGGAGGAAGACGAUAUGGAUAGUUAUCAGGAGGAAGAUCUCAACUGUGUCCGAGAGCGCUGGUCAGAGGCCCUGAUCAAACGUCGGGAGUACCUGGAUGAACAAAUCAAGAAAAUCAUCAACAAACAAGAGAAGUCUGAGGAGGAUAUAGAGCGUGAGGCUCGACUGGUGGAGCAGUGGGUGGGUCUGACUGAAGAGAGGAACGCUGUGCUGGUACCGGCAUCUGGCAGUGGCAUCCCCGGAGCUCCCGCCGACUGGACCCCACCUGCAGGAGUGGAAGCUCACAUCCCUGUUCUCUUCCUAGAUUUAAAUGCGGAUAAUCUGACAGUAAAUGAGCAGCUGACAGGCCCUCGUGCUGCCGGCCUUAACUCCAUACUGCCCAAGGAGCAUGGGAGCCAGUUCUUCUAUCUGCCCAUCAUCAGGCACAGUGAUGAGGAGGUGUCGGCAGUUUGCUCUUGGGACUCGUCCAUCCACGAUUCCGUGCACCUCAACCGCAUAACGUCUCCCAACGAACGCAUUUAUCUGAUCAUCAAAGCCACUGUGCAGCUCAGCCACCCCGCCUCCAUGGAGCUGGUACUCCGCAAGAGGAUCGCUGUCAACAUCUACAACAAACAGAGUUUCACUCAGAGUCUCAAGAAAAGAAUGUCCUUAAAGAACGCUCUCUAUUCCUGUGGUGUGACUUAUGAGAUUGUUUCCAACAUACCAAAGGCCUCAGAGGAGCCAGAGGAAAGGGAAACCUUGGCUCUCAUGGCAGCUCGUGCAGACAGUGAGCAGACUCAGGAUGGAGAAACCUACAUAGAGAAGUACACACGGGGAGUUCUGGAAGUGGAGAACAUCCUUAGUCUGGAGAGGCUACGACAGGCUGUCACUGUGAAGGAAGCGCUCACUACCAAGGGACGACACCUGAGAAGGAGUAUCAGCACACCAAAUGUACAGCAUUCUUCAUGCAGUAAAACAGACCUGACGGGUUGUGAGGAUGAAGACUGCAAGGGCCAGUGUGAUUUUAUUGACGGCGCCGACAGCAAUCCCCCGGAGGCCUUGCUUUGUACCACACCCAUCAAAGGCAAGGAGAAUCCAGGUUUGAUUCCGGAGAGCCCUACGUUUUUCAACUCCAGCCCGUUCAAAGUCCUCUCCCCUCAGCCACCUAAGUUCCUCAAGUGCCUGCUGCCUGUUAAAGAGGAGAACAAGGUGAAGAAGGUCCUGGAGGCCCGGCCACUGCUGGGACAAGAGAGCAUGCGCUCAUGUGUGGACAGCCCUGCACUGCUCCCCCCUCCCUGCCCCUGGCGUCGGCCCAGGGCAGGCAGCGAGGGCCACUGCAAGCCUUCCACCUCCACCUCCACCUCCACCACCACCACCUCCACCCCCACCAGCAGACAGCGCAGCCACACACUGCCACACACUGCUGAUUCUGAUGACGAGGAGGCGUGCGUGGGCAUGACUCUGAAUCUGGACCAGUGCCCUCAGGACAACACCCGCUUCCAGCCUUACAUCCCGGAGGUAUUUGCGAACUUUGAGACCUACAACGCUAGUCUGGAGAACCCCGAGGGGCUUUUGCCCUCCCGGUGUGACUCGAAGGGAAGCCGAUGCGGGGAUGGGACCGGAGAGAGGGAGGUGCCCCGGAGCCCCACAGCCAGCAGCUGCACCAGCGGCUACUUUUCAAACAGCGCCUCCAGCGCCACGCUGUCCGACAUGCCUUUCAGCGGCAGCGAGAGCUCUGACCACCUCAGCUGCACCUCCAGAGACCCCAACGACCCUCUCGACUGCGCUGCCGGAAGAGGCUGCACGCAAACCAAAAGUGUUUCUGUGGGGAGCGACACCCGGCUGCCCCCCCUCUCAGCAGCGGGCGACUCCGCCUUUUCGCCUGUCAGUGUCCCUGAUCGCGGAGACAGGCAGCACAGCUGUGUUCCCGGCGCCAACCAGGAGUUCACUGACUUUAAAGGGGCCGAGGACGGCAUUGGAGACGGUGACUCGGAACAUUUCACAGGUGGAUGGGAGCAGGAGGGUUUGGACAAAGACACGCGUGACACCGGCAACCACAACUCCCCUGAUGUCUCCGGUAUUAUCGACACAGGUUGUGUUUGUGUAGUCCCAGCCCCGGCAUCUGUGCCCGACAAAGUAGCAGCUCCAUCUGCAGCAGCACCAUCCGCAGGUGCACGCUUAUCUACAGCCCCGAGUCAGCGAGCAGGAGGAGAACCUCCGAUCGAGGAGCCGGCCCAGGGAGACCUGCCCCACGGGAGUCCCUGUCCCAGCCCCAACCCCAGCAGCGCAGAGCCUUCGGGGGACUCCAGCGGGGAGGAGAGCACCCCUGUAGCUCAGCUUCCUGACUGGAUGGCACCAGGGGAGCAGGUGUGGGUGGGGAAAAGGAGAGGCACAGUCCACUACGUCGGAGGGGUGGAGUUUGCAAAGGGGAUCUGGAUUGGUGUAAAGCUUGACAUGGCAGUGGGGAAGCACAACGGGACUGUCCAGGGCAGAGUUUACUUCCGCUGUCCCCCCGGGCACGGCGUAUUUGUGAAGCCAUCUCGUCUCAACAGAGGGCCGCCCUGCAAGGACACAGAACCCCAGACUCUGAUCACAUAGGACCCAAUGAAGGGACCCAAUGAAGGGACCCGAUUCCUAGGAGAAGGCAGGGACCUGAGGGUCGUAGUCGGAUACAGUGCCUCUGGGUGACUUCAGCAUGGCUCCUCUCCUUGUGAUGAAGAUGCUGAUGUAUUCAUUUAAUGAAGGUAUAUCCUAAUUAGUGUCCACUGAAGAUUGACUAUGCACAUACAUGAGUUUUCUCAAUAUGGGGAUAUUUUUGAUAGAGAACUUAAAUAUGACCCAAAUACAUUUUCUUACAUUGGUUUCUGAACAUUCUAAGUAAUAUUUUUGUAAGACAAUGCAUCUUCUGAGGCUCAUGGUGAGUAAUCUAGGAUAUGAAAGUUAAGAAUGUACUACUGUUUAUACAAAUUUAUAUUUACGUCAAUAUAAUCUGUCAGGGGGUAACCAAAGAACUACGGUUCCAUGUCUGCUGUUAUCUGUCGUAGGUUAUUUUUAUAGUGCGCGUAUGUGGAUUUAAACACUAUAUAUCUGUGUCCAAGUACAGCUUAGUGCCAUAUCUCUAGGAGUGAUGCCACAUGCCCUGAACAGAGGACAAGUCGUCUAAAGGCGCGUUGCUUUCAGCGUGUGACUGAAGUUGUAUCAUGUUAAAUUAUCCUGUUGAAGUACUGUAACACUGUGGAGGAAAUAAUCCCCAUCCAGCAUGAGUAUGUUGAUGUUUGAAUGCUUGCACUGGAAUGGAUUCUUUGAGAGUCUGCCGACUGUCUUCCAUAUUGGACUGAUGAGAUGUUUUCUAACGUAAGUGACUGAGGAAAGCCGGUGUCGUCGUUUCGCAAAAAGGGGCGAUACAGCAGCUGGGCUUCGGUCGAGGCCUGAAAGCCCGUUUCCAUAAAGGCUCCAGACUGCUCCAUGAACUCCAUAACAAGUUCCCUGAGUUUUAAACUAACCGUAUGGACCUGAAACCUGUGUAUUAUGAUGCUGGGGGGGAAUUCAAAAUGCCACCCAGUCUUGCUGUCUGACUGAAUAUCUUUUUGCAUUUAAGCUGAUAUAUAACAGAAAAUUUAACAAGGUACUCAGUAAUGCAUUUUAUUAAAAGAAGGAUUGAAUGAAUGGAUUAAUUGACAAUAACAGACGAAGUAAACGUAGUUUAGUUCUGAAGAAGAGCUGUCCCAUCUAUUUCUAUUUGUAUUCAAGUGGUGAACUGUGGAGUUAUAUACAGGAGCUGUAAUUUCAAGAAGAUGAAACCAACCCAGGACCUUAAUGAAGAGAACAAAGCUGCUCUCCCUCAUAAGGAGUUGUAAAUUGAAAUGUAUUUGAACAUAGUAUUUACACUAUAAUAAUGUACAGAAUUGUAUUUAUAUGGUAUCACAAAAUGUUUUAAUUGGUACAAAAUGUUCCCGAAUAGAACAUUUACAAUCAGUGAA